AUGAUAAUUUGGGUAAAUCAAGCCUCCUCUGCUGGUAUGGUUCUUUCAGAUGAGUUGGUGAAAUUAAAAGGUCAUGAAUUCAGUAAUCGUCUUGGUAUUCCUGAAAAUGAUCUUAAAUCACAUAGUGCACCGGAAAUACUCGCUUUUUCCAAUAAUAUUACUAAUAAUAGAGAUCAAAGACCUGAAGACAAUAUAUUAGGCUCUGAGGAUGAAAAUGGAGAAAAUUUUAUUUCUGAGACUCGUGGAAGAACUCGCAGAAGUACUCGCGGAAGUAUUCGUGAAAGAACUCGUGAAGAACUCGUGGAAGACCAUGAACAAAUUUAA